AUGUUCAGCUCCUCCGUCGCGCGCAAUGCGACCAGGGCCAUCAGACCCGUCCGCCGUGUUGCUGCCUCGGUUUCGCGUCCCUUCUCGUCGUCAGUCUUGCGUGCCAAUGAUGCUUCUGGCAAGAAGAAGGAUCCCUUGAUCAACGUCACUACCAAAGCCCCAGAGGGCGCCGUCGGCCCCCACGAUGGCAAGUACGCUCGUACCGACGAGAACGUCAAGAUCGAGUACCCCGAUGAGACCGGAAUCCCUCCUACCCCCAUCGUGCGCGGUCGUGGAGGAAUCCACUUCAAGCGUACUCUGCCCGAGUUCACGCUGGAGAACAAGGUCAGCGUCGUUACUGGUGGAGCUCGCGGUUUGGGACUGGUCCUGGCACAGGCCCUAGUUACGUCCGGGUCGGAUGUUGCCAUUGUUGAUCUCAACAAGCCCGAUGCUGAACUACAGUCAAAGGAGCUCCUGAAGCAUUUCCAGGAAGAAAACCCCGGACUGGAGGAAGAAGAUCUGCCCAAGAUCACUGCCCACUACUGCGAUAUUGCGGAUCCUGACUCCGUGAAUGCAGCCCUCGAGGAAAUCAUCCAGCAGCAUGGCAAGAUCGACAACCUGGUCAAUUCGGCCGGUUUCACGGAGAACUUCGACGCCGUUUCCUACCCUGUUGAUCGGAUGAGGAAGCUUUGGGGCGUCAACGUCGACGGAUCCUACUUCUUUGCCACCGGUAUUGCCAAGCAUCUGAUCGAGCGCAAGGCCCCCGGCAGCAUUGUCUUGAUCGGCAGCAUGUCUGGCGCCAUCGUCAAUAUUCCCCAGCCCCAAGCUCCCUACAACGCAUCCAAGGCCGCUGUGCGCCACCUUGCCUCGAGUUUUGCCGUUGAAUGGGCCAAAUACAACAUUCGCGUGAACUGCAUCAGCCCCGGAUACAUGCUGACUGCCCUGACCCGCAAGAUCCUCGACGAGAACCCCGAAUUGAAGGAGAAGUGGGUGUCUCUCAUUCCUUCUGGAAAGAUGGGAACGCCCGAAGAUCUCUCCGGCGCCGUGACUUUCCUGCUCAGCGACGCGUCCAAGUACGUUACCGGCGCAGAGCUUCGCGUUGACGGUGGCUACACUGUGACCUAA